CCGUGUUCCACGAAAAAGUAGUUUAAAAAUUAAAAGGGUGUAAAAGACUAAAAAGCUAAUUUAACAAUGUACUUACAACGCGAAGAACGAGUCGCGUAAAAAUAAACUUGUUUCUAGCACAAGCACAGGUUAGGAUGCGUUUUUGCAAUCAAAGUUUCUAUCAACGAUAAAAAAUCCGAGCAGGCCACAAAAAAAGUCGAUUGCGAAGUAAAGUACCCCCCAUUCCCCGAAUUCAUUUCCAACCAACAUGGCGGAAGUGGAACAUACCUACAUAGAUGCAAACGAUAAAAAGUGCAAUCAAACUCGCUGCUAGGGAGUGUAACAUGUGAAAUUCUCUUAGACAAUGUCAAUUUGGAGUGUGUUAAUGACGCAAAUUUAUUUUUUUCGAGGAAGUAAUCUUGUCUCCGGGGAAUCGAUCGCGUUGCCGGAAGCACCGGAAUCGAACCAUCAACCAUUCUCGUGGUCUCGUUUGCCCUCUUUUAUCUCUCGUUUGAGCGACGGCGAAGUGUUUUGUCUUUUUUCUCGCCGAUGUUAUUGCGACACGCGUCCGCGCUUUUGGAAUUUGUAACUUUUUUCCGGUUGUGCUUCUGAACGAAAAAGCGAAGCGAAAAGAAUCAUUGUGCAGUGUUGAGAAGCCCUGUGCGAAAUAGUUAAAUAGUUCUAUAUAUACAUACAUAUAUAUUUAGGGAUAGAAUAUACGCGUUCCUGACGUCAAUACAGGUUACUGGGAACGAGUUUUGAGGAUUUUUAUCGCGUUAUGGCAUCGUCUACGGUGGCUGUUCCUUCGGGAACAUCAUCGGUUUCCCCACAAGGAUUCAGCCAAGGUUCUGAUAGUGUCGAUGGCGGAGAUAUUUUCACCGACAGAGGCAUCGGUUCCGUCGGCGGUUACACCAGUGGAAAACCUUCGGGAGCUUUGGAAGAAUUCUCUUGUGAAUCUGGGCAGCUUGAAGAUCAAAAAUGUCCAAUGUGUUCAAACAAAGUUUGCUCGCCUCGAGUACUUUCAUGUCUUCAUGUCUUUUGCGAAGUGUGUCUCGACAAAGUUCUAAUAGACGAGGCAGGAGACUCGAGAGUGGGAUCAGUUCUGAAAUGUCCUCUUUGUCAUCAAGAGACAUCCGUAGAUUCUAAAGGCGCAGCUUCCCUGCCCAGCGACUAUGUGCUCACCAAUAUCCUCGAUAUGACCGCGAUCGAGAACAUGUCCGUGCUUUGUACCUCGUGCAAGGCCUUGGAAAAUGCCGUGGCGCGCUGCUCAGAUUGCGCCAAUUUCUUGUGUCCAAAUUGCAAUACAGCACAUCAAUUUAUGCGAUGCUUCGAAAGCCACAAGGUUGUCUCCUUCGAAGAUUUAAAAAAAUCCAACAAAUUGAUCCCGAUUCACAAGCCCAUUUUCUGCGAAACCCAUCCUGCUGAGAACAUGAAGUUUUACUGCAUUUCGUGCCAGGAGCCAAUAUGUAACGAGUGUUUAUUGGUGGAGCACAAAUCGCCAGAUCACCAGUACGAGCGAAUCGUGGAUGCAGAGCCUCGUCAGAAAGAGGAGAUAGUGAAUUUGAUGAACGAGAGCAAAGCCCGAAUAGCAGAUUGCGAUCAGACAACGACACAACUAGGAAAUGCUCUCAGCGAGCUGCAAGCUCAACGUGAUCAGGCGAAGGACCUGAUCAUGGAAAGCUUUCAGAGCUACAAAGCAGUUCUAGAAAAGCUCCGGGACAAUGCUUUAGAAGAUCUUGAGACGCUUCAUUCCGAAAGGGAACUUGAAAUAAUGGAUACCUUCCAUAACGUGGAGAAGACGGUGGAAAAAAUAGAGAAUGCUUGCCGUUUCACCUCGAGACUUUUGGAACAUGGAGACGCUGUUGAGAUUUUAUCCCUUCGACGGAUUGUAGGCAAUCAGUUGUCAAGUUUGAUAAAGAACACGCCGAAGCCAAAUGUUUCGUUUUACAUCCAAUUCCAGACGGAUUAUGAUCAUUUUGAAAACACUGCCAAAGAUGCUUUCGGCUCGUUUCGAACGGAAAAUAUGGCUUCGAAGGCUUCGGAAAUCGCAGCAGCUCUGCAGGGAGCCCUGGCUCCGCAGAUGACUCACUCGUCGAUAGGAUGUCCCAGUUCCAUCAGCACGACUUCUCCAAUCUCUCUUCCCACCUCCAUGCAAUCGUCCUUUGAAGGUGAACCUUCCUUUACAAUCCCACCAUCGUCUAGUCCACAAAACGUUCCACCCCCACCUCCUCCUGUUACACUUUCCCCAGGUCCCAUCCACGGAUUGACCAGUAUCCAGGAGUACAAUCUUCAGCAACUGGCUAGUCUCGCCGAAAAAGUCGAAAUUGUAGGCGACACUGGAGUCGUCGGCUCAAGCUCAAAUCCAAGUCCCACUCCGUCCUUCAAUCUCGCCGAUCUCUUUGCUGGAGAUCAUGCUAUUAGCAAUCUCCAGGCCCUCGCGAAACUAGGAAACAAUCUUGGAAACCAGGAUGUGAAUAAUCCGACUUUGAAUGGUGGCAGCAACUUUAUAUUAGGGCGUGGACAGUCGCCUGGAAUGGUAGAAGCACCGAAUCUUGGGUCGCUGGCGGUCAAUGGAAUGUUGAACGGUGGAUAUCAGUCUUUGUCGGCUUCGACAUCACCUAUAAUGCAGCCUACUCCAGGAGAUGACCUUGGGGACUCAGUGCACAACAUGCCGGUCAUGAUGAGCAACUCUGUUGGCAGUAUGGCUGGGUCGGGGAGCGGAAACUUCACGCAUCCUCGUUCUGCAAAUGUCAAGGUCACGCCGAUGCAAAUCCGAUGCAAGUUUGGCCAGCUUGGCCCCAGCAAAGGCCAAUUCAAUUCGCCUCACGGUUUUUGCUUAGGAACUGAUGAAGACAUCAUUGUUGCUGAUACCAACAAUCACAGGAUCCAGAUCUUUGAAAAGUCAGGCAUCUUUAAAUUCCAGUUUGGAAUUCCGGGAAAAGAAGAGGGUCAGUUGUGGUAUCCAAGGAAAGUGGCUGUGAUGAGAAACAGCGGCAAGUUUGUUGUUUGCGACAGAGGCAAUGAGCGAUCGCGAAUGCAGAUCUUCACGAAAAAUGGUCAUUUCAUCAAGAAGAUUGCCAUUCGAUACAUCGACAUUGUGGCCGGUCUUGCUGUCACUAGUCAAGGACACAUUGUAGCUGUCGACAGUGUCUCGCCGACUGUGUUUGUCAUCAGCGAUGCUGGAGGUCUUUUGAGGUGGUUCGACUGCAGUGAUUACAUGAGAGAACCGAGUGAUAUUGCUAUCAGUGGAAAGGAAUACUUUGUGUGCGACUUUAAAGGCCAUUGUGUAGUGGUGUUUAAUGAAGACGGCCAGUUUCUACGACGCAUUGGCUGUGAGAAUAUAACUAAUUUCCCGAACGGAAUCGAUAUCAGCGACGCAGGAGACGUCCUCAUUGGCGAUUCGCACGGUAAUCGCUUCCACGUUGCAGUUUUCUCGAGAGAUGGCUCUUUGAUUUCGGAGUUUGAGUGUCCCUAUGUUAAGGUGUCCCGGUGUUGCGGCUUAAAAAUAACGUCCGAGGGCUACAUUGUGACAUUGGCAAAGAACAAUCACCAUGUUCUGGUCCUUAAUACCCUCUACAUAGUAUGAGGUGUAACCAGGCACGGCAUAACUUCAUCCCAAAAGUGAAUAUCCCGGAAUUGGUCUACUAUCAACGAAAGGUAAAAAAGGGUACGUCUAUGGCUGUAAGCCAUUUUACUUUUGGGCCUACCAAAGCAACAAAAAAAACGCGACAUUAACUUUUAACAGUCUUAUAAUGUGAUGCGUCCUUAUUUUAUGAAAGUAUAAAACGUCUAGAAAAAAGAAAGAGAGGAAAACUUCGACAUCCGACCAAAUGCUAUUUAAUAGCAAGUCUUGCAGCUCCCAUUGGAUAACCUGCGAUACUAAAUUAAUUUAUUUUUAUUUAAAAAAAAAACAAUUAUAAUUAAAUCGAAAGGUUGCGAGCUUGGUAGGGUCGAGAACGUUUACUUAGGAACCAUUUAUGUGGUUCGUUGUAAGAAAUUGCAAUUUACCCUGCAACAAUUUAAAUUUCUAUUAUCAGUAUUCUAGGUUCAUUCUUAAAUCAACAUCGUUUAUUAUCGAAACGCGCAUUGCUGAUUUUACCUUCACUUGGACGAUUCUCUAAAUCUUAAAAUCGACUUCGUACCAAAAGCGUCUUUUAUUCUGAAACUUCUUUAUUCUCAAAGGUUUUAUCGCUUGCCACAUUCCAAAAAAAAAAAAAAAAAAAAAAAACAUACAACUCUUGUUGCUGAUAGCAUCCUCUCAAUCCUUUAUCUCGAGGGAAAUAAGCAAAAGGGAUAUUGAAAAUCAAACGUUAGGAUUAAAAAUAAAAAGAGAGGAAAGAUCUAAAUGGAAAUUGUACUGUCGAGAAGAGACGUUUAAAGGUCACAAUAUUUACUCAGGAUGCUUUAUUAUGGUCCACCGUUUAAAAUACACUAUACAUGCGCGUAUGAAUUAUUCGUUCAUAGUGCUAUUACCCGUUUACCUUGUAAAUGUCUUUGUUAUGAAAUUAAACUGGUGCUCUCUCACAUUUCUACAAUGAGGAGAUCAACUGGGUUAUUAUAAAAAAAAAAAUUUGCAAAAAAAUAUAUUAUAUACACAUAUAUUAUAUAUACAUGCAUACACAUACUAACGGUAUCAUACAGAGUGUACUUUGUCUGUGUAAAAUAACGUUUGCUAAACGACUUCUAUUUAUGUAAAUAUUGACAUUUCGUAAAAAAGAAAAGAUCCGUAUGAAACAAAUAUUAGAAGAUACGCAUAUUUUGUAGGGUCGUUUACAUCAGUAGCCAUAAAAUACUUAUUUCAACUAAAAUUCGCAAUAUGCAAGCGACACGCAUGCUCGUCACUCGCGUCAGUUCGGUACACGAGUAUCUUCAUAUCUGCAUACAAUAGCGCAAAAAAAAAGAAAGAAAGAAAAAAAAAGAAAAUCUAACCAACACUCUCUUGCCAUACCAAACGCUAUUUUAGCACGUCGUACGUGUAUGUACAUUCAAAUUUAAAUAGCUUGAUCGGACUUAAUCGCAUACCGAGUCGGAUUAUUAAACACCUUUACGCAAAUCGACGAAUAUUAGUGUUGACUGCAAUGCUUUAAUUAGGCGAGGCAAUAAUUAAAAGAAAAGAAAGGGGAAAAAACUAUCGAUACAUAAGCAUAGAAAAUGGGACGCGAGAAAAUAGGCCAUGUGCCUCGGUACAUGACAAUUAGCGUUCUUGUCAAGCCUAUCUAUACUCCCAAGUUGACCAGUAAUCGUCUAAUAUCACUAGUGGUCUUAAUUUUACGUUCGAAAUGAAAAAAAAAUCUCGAAAUGAAAUCGAACCGACAAAAAUAAGGAAAAAAACAUUGAAAAAAAAGUACGGAAAAUUUUAGUAGAUGUGGUUAGCAGAGUUUUAUGAAUAAUGCCUGUGAUAAUAGAAUCGUCAUCAUAAGUUGUAUUCUUCGAGAGUCUCUGAUGUUGUUGCUAGUUAAAGAUAAUUAAAACUAUCUAAUUGAUCCAGUACAGGUGUUGCCUCUUGCAAAGUGUUUUUUGUCAGAUGCACAACGACCUGAAUACGCAUCGUCUUCGAAUGGCACACAAGUGGAAACAGUAUUUAAAAAAAAUAAUAUUAAAAACAAUUAUUAUUAAAAAAAAAAAAAAA